AUGACUACACAAGAAAGGCAGUCUGCACUUCUUUUUCUUUUAGAGGGCAGCAAAAAUGGCAAAGCAGCAAGGGGAAAGAUGAAGGCAGCUUGUGUGAAGUUCUCGAAGAGUCGCCGCACCAUUAGUCGUCUUUGGGCUGAAGCAACAAACCAAAAAAAUGAAGGUAAACAAGUUUAUUUGCAAAGUGCAAAGAUUGGAAACAAAAACAGACCAAAAAUAGUGCAUAUUGACAUGGAACUCAUCACAAGCCUAGAGCUGAAAAAGCGGUCCACGAUUAGGAGGUUAGCUCAAGGUAUUGGCUGUUCUAAGAGCACUGUGGGCAGGUGGAUUGCAAGGGGGCUGAUCAAAGCUCACACAUCGGCCAUACGACCAGACCUUACUGCUCCGAAUAAGUUGCUAAGGCUUAGAUUCAGUUUAGAGGCUAUAGAGCUUGAUAGAAUAAUGAAUGUGCUAAGGUUCAAGAGCAUGCAUAACACAGUUCAUAUUGAUGAAAAAUGGUUCUACAUGACUAAAGGCAUGCAUCGAUUCUACUUGGCUCCAGGAGAAACAGAGCCUCACAGGACUUGCAAGAGCAAGAAGUUCAUCACAAAAGUGAUGUUUAUGUGUGCGGUAUGCAGGCCUAUCUUUAAUGAAGAUGGUUCAGUGUUGUUUGAUGGGAAAAUAGGGAUAUUCCCUUUCACACAUCAACUGCCAGCACAAAGAGGAAGCAAGAAUAGACCAGCAGGCACAUGGGAGACCAAGCCAAUACAGUCCGUCACCAAGGAGGUAGUGAGAGACUGCUUGGUAAAUCAGAUUAUACCAGCUAUAAAAGCCAAAUGGCCUGCCAAUGUAAGCAAACAUAUUUACAUCCAGCAAGACAAUGUACGGCCCCAUAUAAGCAACUCAGACCCGAUAUUCAGAGAGGCUGCAGACAAGGAUGGGUUCCACUUUGAAUUGGUACAGCAACCACCCAACAGCCCAGACACAAAUGUGAAUGAUCUGGGCUGGUUCAGGGCUGUACAAUCCAUACAGACAGAGAAAUCAUGCAACACAGUUGAUGAUCUAGUGUUGGCUGUUCAGCAAUCUUUUGAAGAACUAUCAGCCCAGACCUUAAAUAAUGUUUUCUUAUCACUACAGGGGUGUAUGAUCGAAAUUAUGAAGGUAAGAGGAGAAAACAACUACAAGUUGCCACACAUGAGAAAAGGGGCUUUGAUGAGAGCAGGCACACUGCCCUUGAACUUGGAAGUUGAUGUAGAAUUGGUCAAGCAAGCAUUAACACAUUUAGGGCAUAUGGGAACCACUCAGGGCAUGGAUAUCCUUCAAGCAACACUUGGAUUUUGA